UUUGUUUUUUACUGUUAUUAUCAUUCGGUAUCACUGAUAACCAUGUUUCUUGAAAUAAGAAAAGGUUAAGAAACGUUUGUUUAUUCUCUGGUAACAGAGUUAGGAGUUGCAGACUUAUCAACAAAAAUGUUGCGACAUUUGACAUGCGGAAAAAGACAUAUCGAUCUUUCGAAGCAAUACUCGGCAAUUCAAUUCAUAAAUUCUAGAAAAAAGAGUUCGAAGAUCAACGAUGAUGAUCAAGAUAGGAAAAAAUAUAGAGAAUUUGUGGAUACCACUAAAGGAGAAAGAGCAUGGAAGAAGAUGCGACAAGAUUGGAACAGCUUAAAAAAAUGUCUGUCAUUUGACGGAAAAUCUUCAAAUUUUGAAGCUCUUUUCGAGAGAGCUGAAGUAAUUCCUAAUCAUUGCGAUGUACUCAUUAUUGGUGGCGGUGCAAUAGGCAGUGCGAUAGCAUAUUGGUUAAAACAGACUAUGCAUAAAGAAGAAUUUCAUGUUGUUGUAGUUGAAAAAGAUCUCACAUAUGCCAAAGCUUCUACAACUCUUUCAGUUGGUGGCUUGCGUCAACAAUUUUCUCUUGAAGAAAAUAUUCAAAUGUCUCUGUAUGGUGCAGAAUUCCUGCGAAAUAUUAAUGAACAUUUGGGUAUUCCUGGGGAGCCACCUAUUGACUUGAAUUUCCACCCCUAUGGUUACUUAGUUUUGGCCACCGAAGCGGGUGGUGAAACUUUAACAGAAAACUCUAAACUGCAGAAUUCUUUAGGAGCAAAAAAUGCAGUUCUUACUGCAGAAAAGUUGCAGCACAUGUUUCCUUGGUUAAACACUGACGGGAUUGCGGCAGGUUGUCUUGGACUGGAAAAAGAAGGAUGGUUCGAUCCAUGGUCCCUCUUAUGUGCUUUGAAAAAGAAGGCUAAACAUUUAGGUACUCAAUAUGUUAAUGCCGAAGUUAAGGCUUUUCAAUAUAAUACGGUUCCAGGAGCUUUUGAUACAAAUAUGAAUCCUGUCCAACGAUUAAAUACUGUAGUUGUAAAAACGAAUGAUGGUGAUAUUAGACAAAUACAAUUUUGUAAGGCUAUAAUAGCUGCAGGCGCAUUUAGUGGCGAUGUAGCUGAAAUGGCUGAUAUUGGAAUAGGUGAAGAAUUAUUAUCUGUACCUUUACCAGUGGUACCUAGAAAAAGAUAUGUAUAUUGUUUUCAUUGCCCAGAUGGACCUGGUUUAAACACACCUCUAACAAUUGAUCCUAGUGGUGCAUAUUUCAGGAGAGAUGGUCUCGGAGGCAAUUAUAUUAGCGGAAAAUCACCAGAAUUGGACGAAGAGCCAUCAAUAGAUAACUUAGAUGUCGAUCAUGAUUUCUUUGACAAUAAAAUAUGGCCUAUACUCGCUCACAGAGUACCAUCAUUUGAAAAUUUAAAGGUGAAAUCUUCGUGGGCUGGAUACUACGAGUAUAAUACAUUUGACGAAAACGGCAUUAUUGGUCAGCAUCCUCAUCAUAAGAAUUUAUACAUAGCGACUGGUUUCAGUGGACAUGGUAUUCAAAAGGCACCUGCAGUAGGACGCGCAAUGUCAGAGCUAAUCUUUCAUGAUCGUUUUAUAAAUAUAGAUUUGUCGAAAUUAAGUUUCGACAGAUUUUUAAGAUCGGAACCUAUGAGAGAAGCUAAUGUGUUUUAAAGUUUCUGGAAAUAGAAAAAUGUCUUUUUUUUACUUG